AAGUGUCCGGACAGGAAGGGGGUGAAAGUGUCCGGACUGGAAGGGGGGGAAAGUGUCCGGACUGGAAGGGGGGGAAAGUGUCCGGACUGGAAGGGGGGGAAAGCGUCCGGACUGGAAGGGGGGGAAAGCGUCCGGACUGGAAGGGGGGGAAAGCGGCCGGACUGGAAGGGGGGAAAGCGUCCGGACUGGAAGGGGGGAAAGUGUCCGGACUGGAAGGGGGUAAAAGUGUCCGGACAGGAAGGGGGUGAAAGUGUCCAGACUGGAAGGGGGUGAAAGUGUCCAGACUGGAAGGGGGGGAAAGUGUCCGGACUGGAAGGGGGGAAAGUGUCCGGACUGGAAGGGGGGAAAGUGUCCAGACUGGAAGGAGGUGAAAGUGUCCGGACUGGAAGGGGGGGAAAGUGUCCAGACUGGAAGGGGGGUGAAAGUGUCCGGACUGGAAGGGGGGGGGGGUAAGUGUCCGGACUGGAAGGGGUUAAAUAGGAGGAACUGAUAGGCUGUAGUGAUGGGCACUGAUAGGUGGCACUCAUGAGGAGGCACUGAUAGGCUGUAGUGAUGGGCACUGAUAGGUGG